AUGAUACGUGUUGGAGAGGCGGCGGAGGCGUGCGUGAACCCGACGACGGCUUCGUUAGGUUUAUCGCUGAAUAAUCCGAAACCGGCAGACUUGAGGAAGGACACUGGAUGCACGUAUAAUGCCGGCACGGAAACGUACGUCGAUCCUGGGGAUUCGACAAAGUCGAAAACGUUGACGUAUAGCCCGAGCGGGAGCGCGGUGAGCACGAACGCGCACAUCUACAACUCUUUCGAGGCUGGGUUUUCCGAUAAGCAAGAUAAAGUCAUUGAAGGUUGGGGAUGUUCCACGCCGAGCGAUCUCUAUGAUAAUGCAGGAGGUUUAGAUCUCGGCUUGGCGGAAAGUAAAGUCAGGAAAUUGUGUUACGAUUCUGUCGCGUGGUCGUUUCCGAACGUUCAAGCGGAUGACUCGUAUCGCGGAUGCGUCGGCCCGUGCGGCGGACACACGAGCGAUUACCAUUUCCACGGACGGUAUCACUGUUUGUAUUCGCAAUCUGGUGCGCACUCGACGAAAAUUGGCGACGUCGGGCCGUACAUCAUGUACGGGAAGUGGGAGGAUUUCGAGAACAAAAAGUUGCCGCACUUGGACGCGUGCGGCGCGCACAUCGGGAAGACUCCGGAUUCGCCAGCGAAUGACGUGUACCACUACCACGCGCAAGACAGAGGACCGUACGGCGUCGGCUGUUUCGGCGAUGGCACGAACUUGGUCACCGUUGAAAAAUGCAGAUCGUUAUACCCCGAGUGCAACGAUGCCCAAGCCGAAACAUUCACGGACAUGCCGCAACCGGACGGCACGAAAAAAACGUUCGAGUACGACCGCGAUUGUCCGUGCUUCGACGCCAACGGAUUAAACACCGGUACGAUUACCGAGCGAGCGAUUAUCGCGGCACCGACGGUUCUUUCGUACGACGCGAGCGAGUGGACGUGCGGAAGUGGCGUGAGUUGCAUGCAAACCGUGGAAAAAACGCUCGGGUAUACCGAUUACGUUGGUUCCGAUAGUACGACUACUACUACUACAACUACGGAUACUACUACUACUACGACUACUACUGAUACGAGUACGUCUGGAGGCGCUUCAACCAAGGCGAUGCUGGCGACUGCUGGCGCAACCAUCAUGGCUGCGUUGCUCGUCUAA